AUGUUUUCAGACAAAUCAAGAAACGAACAAAUACUGUCACUCAUCAACGAGAUAAAACUAUUGCUACCAGUUUGUAUCUUUUGUAAGGAGACUAUACCUAUGGUUGAAAUUCAAAGUCAUCUAUACCGCUGUCAAGAAUUGUACAGAGAGGCCAUUGAAAGACUAUCAAAGGACAACAACCCAUAUGUAGAAAAAAGUCUCAAAGAAGGAAGAAGAAGAAAGAAGGAGAGGAGAAGAAUGUUAAGAUCAUUAUUAUUUAAAAGAAAAGAUAAUAAUAAUAAUGAUAAAGAUGAUAAUACGAAAAGAAAUGUUAAAACUAAAGUAGUAUUUAUACUAGGUUAUUAUCCAAGUCAAUCACAUAGAACUUAUAUGAGUGAGAAUGCAUUGUUACCGGGAUCUGCAAGAGUACCAUUUGAUUAUCAAGAUGCAACUGCUAUGAAUCAAAUAGCUACAAACUAUCAAAACUAUAUUAAUCAACUCGUGACUAGCAGCGGUGGUAGUCGAUCACCAGAUAGCAAUGAGAAUAGAAAAAAGGCAUCACAAUGGAUCUAUGACUACUUGCAAGAAUUGGGUAUUGAAACACAUCACCAUUCAUUCAACAAUCAAACUGGUUACAAUAUCUAUGCAGUAUUACGUGCACCAAAAUCUGAUGGAACUGAAUCUUUAUUAUUAUCAACUAAAUUUAAUUGUGAAAAGAAAAAUGAAGGAGGAGAAUCAAUGAUAUCAUCGAUUGGAUUGGUAUUGGGAAUUGUAAAACAUUUACAAGAACGUGGAAGAGUAUGGUUGGCAAAGGAUAUAGUCAUUGUCAUUACAGAUGGAUACCAUCAAGAGGUUGGCAUGCGUACAUGGUUGGCAGACUAUCAUUCAAAUACUUUGGAUUCAAAACAAUCAUUCCCAAGAGCCGGUCAAAUUCAAGCUGCUUUAAAUUUAAUCAUUAAUAAUAAUGAUAAAUUAAAUAUUCUUGCUGAAGGAUCAAAUGGACAAUUACCAAAUUUAGAUUUAAUUAAUACAAUUGUUAGAUUGGUACAAAAGGAAGGGGGAGGAGUACCUAUUACACUUUCAGCACAAGAGAAUGAAUUGGCACAGUAUUUGGAUCCAUCGUUGAGAACGUUGUUUACGUUUAUGAUGAAUCAGGCGAUUGGGGUGCCAACGGGCGACCACGGACUCUUUCACAAGUACCAUAUCGAUGCAGCCACGAUAUCAGUACCACCCAAACGUAUUGAAAAGAGUGCCAAAGCGGUUCUAGGCACUCUUCGUAGCUUGAAUAAUCUACUCGAACACUUGCAUCAAUCAUUUUACUAUUAUUUAUUAGCAACACCACUCCAAUACAUAUCGAUUGGCGAAUACAUGAUUUCACUUGGUCUCAUCGUGGCACCUCUUAUCAUUCGAGUUUUAUUAUUACUAGUAUCUUUAUCAUCAACUUUUAAACCUCCUUCUUUUACAAAAUUAAAAAAACUUCCAGAAAUUGAAAAGGAGGAAAAAGAAAAAGAAAAGGAAAAGGAUGGAAAAGAAAAAGAAAAGGUAAAGGAAAAGGAAGUAAAAGAAGAAAUCAAACCAAAACCAAAACCAAAACAAUCAUCAGAAGGAUUCUUACAAUCAAUUUUCAAUAAUUUAUCAAUUGAUUCAACCAAUGAUAUUCUAUAUUCAGUAACAACGGUCAUUUUCGUUCAAUUAAUUGGUAUCUCUUUAUUUUCUUUAUUACCAAUUUUAUCAAAAUAUUUAUUAAAUGAUUAUAUAAUAUUUGGAGUUUAUUCGAUACUUUAUUUAAUAAUAUUUUUAAUAAUAUUCCCAAUUUUUGAAAAAUAUUAUUAUCAUUCCAACGUUGAUGUAGAAGAAAAAAAGGAUGAUGAAACUACUUCUACAGUUUCAUCUUUGUCAACAUCAAAAUAUCAAGGUGGUAGUAGUAUAUUGGUAUUUUCGACAUUACCAGUAUUAUUAUUUAUUUCAUCAAUGUCAUUGUUGAAUUUCUCAUUUUCAACAUUUGCAGCCAUCCUAGUAGUACCAAUCACCAUACUUCCAACUCCAACAUUGAGCCGAGUAUUUAAACUAUUACAAUGUUGUUUGUUGACUUUGGUUUCACCACCAGUCCUAUUGUAUCUCUUUGCAAGAUACUAUCUUGAAACUGACCUAGUGUCACUUUUAAAUACCAUCAUUCAACAAUAUCAACUCUAUUCUACUCUAUCAUUCCCCUUUUUAACUUUAGUAUUUAUACCAUUAAAUAUUUUAAUGUUAAGAAUUGUUACUUUAAAAGAAAUUAAUAACAAAAAGAAAUUAAAAAAUGAAUAA